GAUCAAACCCACAACCUUGGCAUAUCAGGAUGAUGUUCUAACCAAUUGAGCAACCUGGCCAGGGCUGGUUUGAUUUUUAGAUUACCUGCCGUGGGUGCACUUUUGUAAGACUACUUAAGUUUACUAUGCAUUAAAAAAAAAAAAAAAGAAAGAAAUUUUCACAUAUGUAUGAAUGAAUUCCAGUUACCCAUCCCCUAGCUUUAACAGCUAUCAACAUUUUGCAGUCUUCUUUCAUACUUCUCUACUCCCUGCCUCACUGGAGUAUUUAAGAACAAAUAUCAGGCAUGUACUUCCAAUCAUAAAAUUUUCUUAAACGUGUAUCUAGCUGGUAGACAUUCUUUUCAAACAACCACAAUAUCACUUGUCCCUAACUGAAUAGUGAUAAUUCUUUACUAAAGGGUGCAAUUUUGGAUGCUUGUCUCUCAGUACUAAGCCUCCGCAGCAGCCUGCUGAUGUAGAUCCAGCUUCACGCUUUCCUUAGGUUGACUUACUCACUUUUCACAAUCUUCCUGCAGAGGGAGAGGGGCUGCUUCUAUGUUGCAGGUAUAGAAGGAAACUAAAGAAACUUCCAGACCACACAGGUAGUGGCUGAGUAGGCAGGGUUUCAGGCCCGAGUCUGUGCAGAAGCUCCCACUUGGUGAUGAAAGAGUGGCUUAUCAAGGGCCCAUGCACAGCCGGCAGCUGAGCCCAGAGAAUGGUCCUCUACUCUUUCCUUCCCUGUUUGUCCCUACCCAUGAAGCCUGACCCCACCUGUUGUCUUCCUGGUGCUGCAGGGGCAUUGCCUCCCAUUCUAUCCUUAGAUUUUCAAGUUCUUCGGAACCUUAAAAAAUUUUUUUUACAUAGUAUCAAGUUUGGAUUGUAUCCCUUUUUUUUAUUAUUGAUUUUAGAGGGAAAGGAAGUGGGGACAUCAGUCUCUCGCCUCCCAUACCCCCCAACCUAGGUAUGUGCCCUGACUGGAAAUCGAACCCACAACCCUUGGGUGCAUGGGAUGAUGCUCCAACUGAGACACACCGGCCAGGGUAGAACCUUUACAUUUUCAGUUCAAUUGCUGAGUAGUUGUGGGAAUUCUUGUUUUGGCCAGUCAUGUCAACGUUUAUCCUAAAAGUGGAUGCCUUUCUAGGAUGAACCUGCUGCCCAGUCUGGUGACUGGCUUAGAUUGACGGAGCUGUUAGGUGAUUGCAUGCACUGGGUGUAUUCAUCUAUUCCAUAUUGUACUGAAGGGUUUUUUGUUGUUGUUGCUUACUCAUUUGGGAGAUUUCAAGGUGGACCAGACUGUUUACACGGAGUGGGAGUUGAGUCCAAAAUUGUAAUUAUAGCUGUGUUUGUCCUGAAGACUUCGGUUGUGUGUUUCAGUUGUCUCAGCCUCUCCGAGGAUGAACCCACAUGUCUGUCCAUGUGGUGCAGUGAUCACAUCUAUCUGAUGUUUCAGAAGGUUCUUGUCUUUCCAGUUUAUAGGAACCUUUUGGAAUUGUGUCUCCUUUUUCAUCUCUUCAUUACCCCUAAGGACCAAAGUCCCUCUUUUCCUUUAUAUUUGUAAAAAUUGACAUAUUUUAUAUAAGAAAUAAUGAAAGAUGAUAGAAAAAGUAAAACUCAUCUGAGUGAGGCCUGAAGUGAGAUUGGCUUCUAGAAACCAGCUGUUUUCAUUUUUAGGGAACUUUGUAAUUAGUUGUACCUUGGCUUAACAGUGGUUACUUGGAAAUAAAGAUGUGUCCUGCUCUGUUAAUGGGGCUUCUUAAUGAGGCCGAACUGCUAAAAUUCAUACAUCUAUGAAAUUUGAAACUAAAAAGAUUUUCUGGUCUUAUAGAUAGCUGAAGUAUUGAUAACACCAAGGAAAUCUGUCACAAUUUGAAAAGAUAAGCAAAAUUUGAUUUCCAGACACUACAGAAAAAGAAGUAAAAAUGCGUCCAUUGCGAAUUUUUGUGAAUGAUGAUCGCCACGUGAUGGCAAAGCAUUCUUCCGUUUAUCCAACGCAAGAGGAACUGGAGGCAGUCCAGAACAUGGUGUCCCACACAGAACGGGCUCUCAAAGCUGUGUCUGACUGGAUUGAUGAGCAGGAGAAAGGCAGCAGCGAACAUGCCGAGUCCGAGAACUUGGAUAUGCCCCCAGAGGAUGAGACCAAAGAAGGGGCUGGGGAACAGAAGACAGAGCAUAUGACCAGAACCCUGCGAGGCGUGAUGCGCGUUGGCCUUGUGGCGAAGGGCCUGCUGCUCAAGGGGGACUUGGACCUGGAGCUGGUGCUGCUAUGCAAGGAGAAACCCACGACUGCCCUCCUGGACAAGGUGGCUGACAACCUGGCCAUCCAGCUCACUGCUGUUACAGAAGACAAGUACGAAAUACUCCAAUCUGUCGAUGAUGCUGCGAUAGUGAUAAAAAACACAAAAGAGCCUCCAUUGUCCCUGACCAUCCACCUGACAUCCCCUGUUGUCCGAGAAGAAAUGGAGAAAGUAUUAGCUGGAGAAACGCUAUCAGUCAACGACCCCCCGGACGUCCUGGACAGGCAGAAAUGCCUUGCUGCCUUGGCGUCCCUCCGACACGCCAAGUGGUUCCAGGCCAGAGCCAAUGGGCUGAAGUCUUGUGUUAUUGUCAUCCGGGUCCUGAGGGACCUGUGCACCCGUGUGCCCACCUGGGGUCCUCUAAGAGGAUGGCCCCUUGAGCUUCUGUGUGAGAAGUCCAUCGGCACAGCCAACAGACCCAUGGGUGCUGGCGAGGCGCUGCGGAGAGUGCUGGAGUGCCUGGCGUCAGGCAUCGUGAUGCCAGAUGGUUCUGGCAUUUAUGACCCUUGUGAAAAAGAAGCCACUGAUGCUAUUGGGCAUCUAGACAGACAGCAACGGGAAGAUAUCACACAGAGUGCGCAGCAUGCUCUGCGACUUGCUGCAUUUGGUCAGCUGCAUAAAGUCCUGGGUAUGGACCCUCUGCCUUCUAAGAUGCCCAAAAAACCAAAGAAUGAAAACCCAGUAGACUACACCGUUCAAAUCCCCCCCAGUACCACCUACGCCAUUACGCCAAUGAAACGCCCGAUGGAGGAGGAUGGAGAGGAAAAGUCCCCCAGCAAAAAGAAGAAGAAGAUUCAGAAGAAAGAGGAGAAGGCAGAGCCUCCCCAGGCUAUGAAUGCCCUGAUGAGGCUGAACCAGCUGAAGCCCGGGCUGCAGUAUAAACUGGUUUCCCAGGCGGGGCCGGUCCACGCCCCCAUCUUCACCAUGUCUGUGGAAGUAGAUGGCAGUUCAUUCGAGGCCUCCGGACCAUCCAAAAAGACUGCCAAGCUACAUGUGGCUGUUAAGGUGUUACAGGACAUGGGCUUGCCUACGGGUGCUGAAGGCAGAGACUCCAGUAAGGGGGAGGACUCAGCUGAGGAGACGGAGGCCAAGCCAGCAGUCGUGGCCCCUCCACCUGUGGUAGAAACCGCUUCGACCCCCAGUGCUGCCUUUACUUCAGAUCCCACUGCCGAGAACGUAAAACAGCAGGGGCCGAUCCUGACCAAACAUGGCAAGAACCCUGUCAUGGAGCUUAAUGAGAAGAGGCGUGGCCUCAAGUAUGAGCUCAUCUCAGAGACUGGUGGCAGCCAUGACAAGCGCUUUGUCAUGGAGGUCGAGGUAGAUGGACAGAAGUUUCAAGGUGCUGGCUCAAACAAAAAGGUAGCAAAAGCAUAUGCUGCCCUUGCUGCACUAGAAAAACUGUUCCCUGAUGCCCCUCUUGCCCUUGAAGCCAAUAAGAAGAAGAGAACGCCUGUGCCUGUCAGAGGGGGACCGAAAUUUGCUGCUAAGCCUCAUAACCCUGGCUUUGGCAUGGGAGGCCCCAUGCACAACGAAGUGCCCCCGCCCCCAAACCUUCGAGGGCGGGGAAGAGGAGGGAACAUCCGUGGUCGAGGGAGAGGGAGAGGAUUUGGUGGCGCCAACCAUGGAGGCUACAUGAAUGCUGGCGCUGGAUAUGGCAGCUAUGGGUACGGAGGCAACUCGGCUACAGCUGGCUACAGUCAGUUCUACAGCAAUGGAGGGCAUUCUGGGAAUGCUGGCGGUGGCGGCGGCGGGGGCGGUGGUGGCUCCUCUGGCUACGGCUCCUACUACCAAGGCGACAACUACAACUCCCCAGUGCCCCCGAAACAUGCCGGGAAGAAACAGCCACAUGGGGGCCAGCAGAAGCCCUCCUACGGCUCAGGCUACCAGUCCCACCCAGGCCAGCAGCAGUCCUACAACCAGAGCCAGUACAGCAACUAUGGCCCCCCACAGGGCAAGCAGAAAGGCUAUAGCCACGGCCAAGGCAACUACUCCUACUCCAACUCCUACAGCUCCCCCGGGGGCGGGGGCGGCUCCGACUACAGCUACGAGAGCAAAUUCAACUACAGUGGUAGUGGAGGCCGAAGCAGCGGAAACAGCUACGGCUCAGGCGGGUCAUCCUACAACCCAGGGUCACAUGGGGGCUACGGAGGAGGUUCUGGGGGCAGCUCCUACCAAGGCAAACAAGGAGGCUACUCGUCACAGUCGAACUACAACUCCCCGGGGUCCAGCCAGAAUUACAGCGGCCCUCCCAGCUCUUAUCAGUCAUCACAGGGAGGCUACGGCAGGAACGCAGACCACAGCAUGAACUACCAGUACAGAUAAAGCCCUGAGGGUGAAGAUUUGUACCUUCUGCACUUACCCCUCCUCGUUGUAAGAAUUCAGUUUUAUGCAUCACAGUUAACAUGUCUGCGGCCCCUCUGGGUCCUCUUGCCCUACCCCGUCCACGUUGCUGUGUUGUGAGGUGCAGCUGGUCACUCUGUGACCCGUUCUGUGACCCAUAUUUAGCCGUGUUUGGGACUCCACGUCUUCAGUGGUUUGUUAGUUGCCAUUACAACUUUGUCCGAGUAGAGUUUUCUGAGUUCUUACAGUUCAGUAUCCCUCUGUCUAUUUACAAUUGGUGUUAGUGUUAACUCAGUUUGUCUUGAAAUAGUUACAGAAGGGAUACCUCAUCUGUUAAUGCUUUUGUGAAGUGAGUUAAACGAGCUUUCUGUAUUUUAAUGCUUUAGUGUUUCAGUUUUAUAAGUGAAGAUUUUAUUUUAAAAAACCGUGGGAAAGAGUGGGGUUUUUUUGUAUGUCUGGAUCAUUCAGGCAGUACAUUUGAAUUCAGCUGAAUGUAGACAAAUAAAGAAAAAGAAAGAAAACUG